ACACCGCCCGCCCGCAGAGCCGCACACAAAACACACACACACACACACAGAGGCGAAGGUAAUCCGAACGAACGACGGCCCCCAUAACGGUACCACACAGUGGCAGACAGAGAGUGAGCGAGCGAGAGAGAGAGAGAGAGAGUGAGCAGAGACAGGAAGUAACGAAUAAUUGAAUAUUCCAACGACGUACAGCAGCGUUCACGAGAAUAGGAAUCACCAGAGAAUAUGGCAACGGGCGGCAGCGGCGCCGGCGGUGGGGCCGGGGGAGCCGGAAAUGAUCACUAUAAGCGCAACACCUUCACCAGCUAUGUGGCACCGCUGCCAGGCGAUAUGCGCGCCACAGCCGAUACGAAUGAAUGGUGCCUGCCCAGCGAUCUGCGCGAUGUCCAUUUGGCCCGUCCGCGUCUGUUGCAGGGCGAGCAGAUAGUGGCCACGGCACCGGCCUACAUGUACUCGCCCAUCGAUCCCAUGGACAAUGCCACCAGCAGCGGCAGCGGCAGCAGCAACACCGCCGGCGGCGGCGGCGGUGGCGGUAGCAUCAGUCACAAUAGCCACAGCAAUGGGAAUGGUAUGUCCUCCUCCGUGAAUGAUGGUGGCUCCCACAAGGAGGCCACCUUUGGCCUACUGAGCGUGACCAACUUUAAGCUGGCCUUUGUUCCGCUCCAUGCCAGCAAGCGUAAUCUCGAAGCCGGUGCCGCCACAGCUCCACUUUGUGAUCUAUAUCAGGAGAAUACCUAUUUGGGACGCAACGAAAUCACACUGAAUAACAUCGAUCAGAUCUAUACCAUUGCGGAGCUUGGACGGGCGGCCAGUGCGCUGCAGGCGGCGCGCAUGGCCAGUCACGUGAGCAGGCGCAAGAAACUGGAGCCCUUUAAGCAGCACAACAUAAGCGGCAGGAUUGCCGCUCUGCAUAUUGUGUGCAAGAACUUUCGGCUGCUGAAGUUCGCCUUCCAGCAGCAGGAUUCGAAACUGAGCGGUGCCAGUGAUCAUGGCAAGCUAAUAGCCUCUGCUCUCGUCCGUUUCGGCUAUCCAAUGCGGCAUGAUUUGAGCUUUGCGUAUGCCUAUCGCGAACCAUACUAUUCCACGCUGGGACCCGCCUCCGGGACGUGCAUGUAUGCGAGCAAAAAUGAUUGGGCCCGCGAGCUGAUACGCUGCGGUGCCAGCGAAUGGCAGGUGGUGAGCAGUGCCAGUGUCCCGCUGCUACAGAAUCCUCUCCAUGCGGGCAAAUAUACGGUGCCGCCGCAUUUUGUUAUACCGAAGAGCUGUACUGUGGAUCGAUUCCUGGACUUGUCGCGUGCCUUUUGCGAUUCACGUGCUGGCUUCUGGGUGUACAGCUAUGGGGCCAGUGCCGCCUCCUUGGUGCGAUUGGCCGAACUGCAGCCGGCGGCGCAGCAGGACACGAAGCUGGAGAAUGUGAUGCUGGAGCUGGUGCGAAAGUGUGAUGAGCGGCGACAAUUGAAGUUGCUACAGCUAACGGACCGAUUGCCCAGCAUUCUGGAUGUGCGGCGAUCCUAUCAGAAGCUGAGACGUCUCUGCACACCCGAAACGCCGGAGAAGUUUAUGCUGCAGGAUGACAAGUACCUGGGAUUAAUCGAGAAGACCAAUUGGCUGUUCUAUGUGUCACUGUGCCUGCGGUAUUCCAGCGAAGCGGCUGCCACCUUGCGCUCGGGCGUCACCUGUGUCCUCCAGGAGUCCAAUGGCCGGGAUCUGUGCUGUGCUAUUAGCAGUCUGACGCAGCUGCUGCUCGAUCCUCACUUCCGGACAAUCGAUGGCUUCCAGUCGCUGGUGCAAAAGGAAUGGGUGGCCCUCGAGCAUCCCUUUCAGCGUCGCCUGGGACAUGUUUAUCCGGCGCAGGGCUCCGGUAGCGGUGGCAGCGGCGGCGGUAGCAAUGGCAGCGAACUGCUGGAUAGUGAACAGAGCCCGGUGUUCCUGCUCUUCCUCGACUGCGUCUGGCAGCUGCUGCAGCAAUUUCCCGAUGAGUUUGAGUUCACGCAGACGUACCUCACCUCGCUGUGGGAUGCCUGUUUCAUGCCCAUCUUUGAUACCUUUCAGUUCGAUACGCAGGCGCAACGUUCGAAGGCAGUGAUGGAUUCGCAACUGGUUCUCCGUCCGGUUUGGGACUGGGGCGAGCAGUUCUCCGACAAGGAUAAGAUGUUCUUUAGCAAUCCGUUGUACCAGCGCCAGAAGGGCGACCUGGGCACCCAGUCAUCGGCAGCAGGAGCUGCAGCUCAUCGUCGAUCCCUGGCCGUGGGCAAUAGAGGUGGAACUGGCGGUGGAAUUGGAGCAGUACCAGGAUCGACGCCUUCGAGGAACACCAUUAAUCCGCAGCUAUUUGCAACGGUGUCGUCGGUGCCGCAAGAUCGCUUCCUGCAGCCGGCCCAUCGCAUCUGCGAUCUGUCCGUCUGGGAUCAGUGCUACUAUCGAUGGCUACCUGUCCUCGAUAUACGUGGCGGUGGCCAGCCACAGGUUGACCUCUUCCACCGCCUGCUGUUGAGCAACAUAGCCAAGGUGCAGCGCUGCCUGGAGAUCCAGAGUUUCGAGGAGCUACCCGAUGCGUAUUUCGAGGCCACCGGUGAGUCACGAUCCAGUCUUCACAAGGAGGAGCUAGCGGAGAAGGUGGAGGAUGAGGCGGAGUAUGUGGAUGGUGUGGAGAGGCGUCGCAAGACAACGACCAAGGCGGGCACACCGACCAAUGGCUUUAGCCCGGUAAGCGGGAACCUGCAGCUAUCCAGUCUGUCUUCCUUCUUCCCCUUUGGCAGUCCCAUUGCCGGCGAUGCGCCGCAUCAGUUGUACGACAUCCUUAAUAGCAGCAGCGAGCUGCUACAGGACACCACCUCCAUACUGGACAAGUCCUCCAUUUUGUGAUCCGAUCGCUCCACUCGUUCCACUCCUGUUCACAUUUAACGCUGAACUUUCGAAGUAUUAAACAAAAGGCAAAAAAAUAACAUUUUGAAAAAAAAAAACCAUAAAG